AUGACUAAGAUGAUGAAUCUCUCUCCGGAAACAGUCUCCCUUCUCCUCCUCCUCGCUCUCCUCUCGCCGACUCUUCUACUUUGCUCCGGCGAUUCAACCACCGUCGAGGAUGAAUCUCCACCAACUGUGUGUAUCAUCGGAAGCGGGAUCGGAGGCUCAUCCGUCGCUCACUUCCUCCGUAACUACUCUGCAUCCACGGCCUUGUCGCGUUCCCGGAUCCUGAUGUUCGAGCGUCACGAGAGAGUCGGCGGGCGCAUGAGGACCGUCACCGUCUCCGGCGAUACGUUCGAAGCCGGCGGCUCGAUUCUGCACCCGAAAAACUACCACGCGCGGGACUUCGUCGAGAGGUUCAAUCUGACGGUUCGAUCGCCGACGGCGGUUGAAGAGUGUUCGGCCGUGGGAAUCUGGGAUGGGAAGAGGUUCGUCUUCAAGACCUUCGGUUCGAGUAUACCGUUUGUGGAUAAGAUCGUCUCUUGGUUGAAUGAUGUGUACAUGUUUGUGCGUUACGGAUUCUCACUGUUGAGAAUGAGUAACUUCAUUGAGAAUAUGAUUGAUAACUUCUUGAAGUACUAUGAAAGCCUAGAGUCGAGACCUGUCUUCGACAGUGUUGAAGGGAUGCUUAAAUGGUCAGGCUUGUACAAUCUCACUAAGGUCACUCUACAGGAGAAGUUAUCCGAAGCUCAGCUAUCUCCUUUGUUAGUCAACGAGCUUGUUACCGUUAUAACGAGGAUAAACUAUGGGCAGAGUGUACUUAUCAGUGGACUAGCAGGUGCAGUCUCUUUGGCUGGUUCUGGUGGAGGUUUAUGGUCUGUUGAAGGUGGGAACUGGCAGAUGGCUGCGAAGCUGAUCAAUCAUUCGGAUGUUACCUUACACCUGAACGAGCAAAUCCAAUCCGUUUCACACCUUGGUGACUACUACGAGCUGAAGUCCGCAAAAGGGAACAGCUUCAAAUGUGACGUCACUGUAGUUUCCACGCCGUUAGACGAGGUGGAUAUUCAGUUCUCACCCGCCAUCUCAAUUCCCAAGAGGGAGUUACAGCACACACACGCAACAUUCGUGAGGGGACUUUUAAACCCUGGAUAUUUUGGGAUGAAAUUGGUUUCGGAUGUUCCAGCUCUGGUGGGAACUCUUGAAGAUCCUCUAAUUCCAUUCUCAUGCAUCUCGAUUCUAAGGAAAUAUAGUGCAACAGAUAUGACAUACAAGAUGUUUACACGACAACCAGCAUCAGAUUCAUUGCUUGAUGAGCUCUUCAGUGCGAGAACCGAGACCGUUCGCAUAGACUGGGGUGCAUAUCCAAAGUACCACGCUCCUGAAGUUUUUGCACCGUUCAUAUUAGAUGAUCAUCAUUUGUACUAUGUGAAUGCUUUUGAAAACGCGGCUAGCACGAUGGAGACUAGUGCAGUGGCUGGUGAGAAUAUGGCGAGGCUAAUAGUUUCCAGAUUCAGGACAAAAGAAUCAUCAUCAUCAUCACCUUCGUCCGACACAAGAAGCUGUAGCUCUGGUCUGCACUCAGACAUGUGAAUAAACUUAUUAUCUCCGCAUGAACAAGGUUUUUUGACUGUGGUCUUUGAAGAAUAAUAUGCUUUGAUGUGUAUAUAAAGAAAGAACCAUAAAGCUGUAAAAAGUGUAAACUAUGGUUUGUUUGUCUUAAGUUGUUGAUUGAGACCAUUAUCAUGAAGUUUA